CUCAGCCUCUCUAUCAGUCUAGCUCUGAUGAGCCUUGGACAAUAAUUACUGUAUUUCAGCAAAUCAAAGAGCUCCGCUGCAGUUCCUGGGUGCAGGGAACCUAUGGCAGAACAACGAUCUCUACGUGAUUCCACCAUUUGAAGUCCAUUGAUAGGGAACGGCAGAGUGAUAGAUCCAAGAGUGCACUGAUAAGCUCGGAUGGACUCAACAGGCCGCUGAGUGAACCGCUGGUGAGCUUUACGGUGUGCUGUUGAUUCUCCGAUACAGGCCAAAUCCUGACUUUACCAUGAAGAUCUCUGGGACUUCACUCGACCUGAGUGCAACAGACUAUGGGAUAACCCUGGACCCUACAUUCACCAUGCUGGAGUUUGACGGUCUACGUGUUCUCCCUGUGCAAACAGAGCCACUAAUACCAUGCUACGUGCCUGCAUCAGUACCAGUGGCUGCGCCGCAGCAGAGCAGCGUGAAUCUCUGCGCUAUCUGCGCAGACAGAGCUACGGGGAAACAUUAUGGUGCGUCCAGCUGCGAUGGCUGCAAGGGCUUCUUCAGAAGGAGUGUGCGCAAGAACCAUGCCUACACAUGCCGGUUCAGCAGGCAGUGUGUGGUGGACAAAGACAAAAGAAACCAAUGUCGAUACUGCAGACUUCGAAAGUGCUUCAGAGCCGGCAUGAGGAAAGAAGCUGUUCAGAAUGAGCGUGACCGCAUCAGCUGUCGUAGAGAAGGUCAAGGCGUUGGGACUCUCACCACUGAUGUGCUGAUGCAGGCUGAGGCUUGCACUCAUCAGAACCCCUCCCAGAAUCUCAUGAGGGACAUCAAAACCAAGAAGAUAGCUGGCGUGGGUGAUGUGUGUGAAUCCAUGAAACAGCAGCUCCUCCUCCUAGUGGAAUGGGCAAAGCUCAUCCCUGAAUUCUGUGAGCUGUCAGUGGAUGACAGGGUAGGCCUGUUCCUGGCUCACUCCGCUGAGCACCUCAUCUUAGGGGUGGCACGACGUUCGCUUCCUUACAAUGAUAUCAUCCUGCUGGGUGAAUACUUCAUCAUUCCUGUUCGAGGCACCGAGGAGGAGAUGUCCAAGGUAGCCACUCGUAUCCUGGAAGAGCUGGUGAGACCUCUGAAAGAGCUGAACAUCACAGACACUGAAUUUGUCUGUCUCAAAACCAUCGUCUUCUUUGCCCCAGACUGUCCUGGACUGCAGUGCUCUCAGGCAGUGCGCCGACUGCGAUUCCAGGCCCAGGUGCUGCUGGAUGAAGCCACGAGCGAGCAGCGAGGCCGGUUUGGGGAGCUGUUGUUGUUGCUGACCACACUCCAGAGUGUGGCCUGGCAGAUGGUGGAGCAGCUGCAGCUGAUGCGUCUCCUGGGCAAAGCCAGUGUGGACAGCCUGCUGAUGGAGAUGCUCCUGGGAGAAGAAGCAUCCAGAGGAUCUGAAGCACUGCCAGCAUCAGAGUCAAAUCCUGAGCCACUUUUAUUCACCACAGCUACAGAGUCUGUCCUCUCCAGAGGAAUACUGACGGAGCAUAUCCCAAUCCCUAACUUCACAUCCGUGAUCCUUCCUGUACCCGCCUCUCUGUCUGAAGAUCCCCUGCUAGCCACACACGCCGGACCGGAGGUCUUCACACAUGGACAAGCAGCAGACAUGCCAAGAGAAAUGUCCAACUGUCUCACCAUGCCCACUGUCCACACGUGCCUUUAACCACAUGUAUAAAAGUCCUCAGUUAAAAAGACAUAAAUAACUUUAUAUACUGAAGACCUCUGCUGAUUUAGUGAAUAAUGCUUAAUAAUAGUGUUAAAAUCUAACAAGUGUUACAAUUUUAAUGUGAGUGAAAAAUUAACAGACAAUAAAAAGCCUCCAAGCAGUAUAUCAAUAUUUUGUUUUGAGAUCACUGGUAAAUGAUUGUCUAAUUUAUUGGAUGGUGACAUGGCAGGGCGCCUGCAUAACCAUUACAAUUCAACAGCUCUCAUGGGUUCAUGGUUCAAUCAGAUACCAGAUGUCAAACACAUGAGGGUUGGUCUGCCUUAUGUAGACAAAAGGGCUGCUGGAUUUUUUUUUUUUUCCUCCCACUUGAAAAUAUCAUGAAGAUUUUCUCUAGGCCUUAAAUAUCAUUGUUUUGUUAUAUCA